AUCUCUUCACCAUACAACCCAUCCUUCUCUACCUUCAUUUUCUUUGAGUUUUAAUUUCCUUGACUCCCAUUCUCCCCCUUCUUUAUAAAACCCUAUAAAAGGGUGAUAUUAUAUUACUCUCUUAGUAACCAAAUAACGUACCCAUAGGAACCAACAAUGGCUCUGCCAAUCCUUCUGCUAUUGUUGGUUUCAUCUUUCUCAAUCAUUCCUUCUUCCCAAUCAUCUGCCCUCACUUUCGACUAUUACGCUAAAACAUGUCCCAAAUUUGAAGAGAUUCUCACGAGGAUUGUUAAGGAGAAGCAACAAGAAAGGGCCACAACCGCCGCCGCCACGCUCCGCCUGUUUUACAACGACUGCGCCGUGGGCGGCUGCGACGCGUCGCUGCUCAUCAGGUCCACCGCGUUUAACACGGCGGAGAUGGAGGGCGACGAGAACCGGUCCCUGGGCGGCGACGGGUUCGACGUCGUCAUGCGCGUGAAGACCGCGCUGGAGCUCGAGUGCCCCGACACCGUCUCCUGCGCCGACAUCCUCGCCGCGGCGACCCGCAACCUCGUUAAUUUAGUCGGCGGGCCGUACUAUGAUGUCCGGAUGGGGCGGAAAGACGGCACCCAAUCAAAAGCCGCCAGCGUGGAAGGUCAACUCCCACGCGCCAACUCCACCGUUGACCAAAUGAUCAAAAUCUUCAAAUCCCACAAAUUCACUAUCCCGGAAAUGGUCGUCCUCACCGGCGGCGGCCACACCAUCGGCUACGCCCACUGCAAAGAGUUCGCCGACCGGAUCUUCCGACCCGACCCGGACCCGACAAUGAACCCGGCCUUGACCGCCCGCCUGAGAACGCUGUGCGCCGAUUACAAGAAACAGACGGCCAUGGCGGCGUUUCUGGACCCCAUAACUCCGGCGACGUUCGACAACACGUACUUCAAGAACUUGCAGAACGGGUUAGGGGUUUUGGCGUCCGAUCAGAUCUUGAUGAGCGAUCCGAGAACGAAGCCUUUCGUGGAAAAGUACGCUAAGGACGCCGCCGCCUUCGUCAAGGAUUUCAGUUUCGCCAUUGAAAAGCUGAGUGUUCUUAAGGUGAAGACCGGAGACGAGGGAGAGAUAAGGAAAAGAUGUGAUCUUCCAAAUUAACAAUCCAUGAUGAUGAGAUCGAGUUUACAACUUUAAUUAUUAACUAAUUAUAUGCUUUAAUUUCUUGAAUUCCUUAUAGUGUCUGUCUGUAUGUAGGUGUGUGUGUAUAUAUAUAUAUAUGUACUGUGAUUACUGCAUGCAUGUUGUAAAGCCCAAAUUUGUUCUGUGAAUAUGAUGAAUUAGUUUCAUGAUGACUUUAAUGGCCAAUUUGGUUCAUGAAAA